AUGUUUCCAGUGGGAUUAAUGCGUGUUGGAUAUCGAGAGUAUGACGUUGGAGUGCUAUUUUUAAUUAUCUCGAGUCAAUUCGUGAUUUCGUUUACAACCUCGUCAACGUCCUCUCCGAAAACCACAAACGCUGCGGAGAUUUUAUCCAGAAAAACGACCAGAUAUGUUUCCACCAUCCGAAAAAGCCAACAAGCAAACAAUUCACAUAUAUCUGGUUUUACGACGACCUUUUUUCCGACAUCAGUGGUAGAAAAUCGGAAUUCUGUAAAUGCAAGUUUGAUCAAGAGACGUCGAUGUUCCCGCGAACGUAACGAGGACUGUCCUAAAUUUGUCGAUAGAUAUUCGUCAUUUUAUCUUAAGGUGGGUCUGACAAAAUGCGAAAUUAAAUUGUGUGGUUUUUAGUCCUGAAAUGCCUCGUAUAACAAGAAAUUAGCGCACAGCUUGAAAUGUUAUUCAAUGAAAAUAUCAAAUAUAAUGCAUGAAAUUUAGUGUAUUCAUAAUUUUUCAAAUUGUGGUACUCCCUUCGAAGUUCAUUUACAAACCUCUAUCGAAGAGGAGUUGAAAAAUGUUAAGAUACUACCUAUGCUCAUAAACCUCACCUAUCCACAAAUUUAAGGGAAAAUUUAAGCAUAGCUACGAAAGAACGUUUGUUCAUUUUGUGUGGGUGUAUUGAAUAUUGAAAUUGCAUUAGGACUGAGCCAUAGAAGUAAAUUACUUUUUUCUUUCAAUUUUAAACGACUCGUAGAGUGAAUCAUAGAUGAAUAUAUCUAUUUUAAGAUAUUAUUUUCAAAUGGGAGUUUCAUCAGUAGAUAAAAAAAUCCUUUGCUAUUUCAUUCAUACCCUCUCAUCAUGCUAAAAAUGUUUAUUUUUCUUCAAAGUUGGCGAGAAAAAAUCAUUGUUUUCAAACAUUGUUAAUUAUUAACUGAACAAAAUUAUCUGGUCUUUCGAAUGGGCAGCUCUUCCUUUGAAUCAAAUUAAAUGAAAUAAGAAGUCAGAUAUGAACAUUUUUUGAAUAUCCAAAGAUCGUUAUUUUAAAACAAAAAAACAACAACAAAAAAUAGGUUCAUUUGGCAACCCUGGAUUAGGUUUCUUUUCGAGUGGGCGUCAAUUCAAAUCAGCUUGCCCUCCCCUACAGUGUUUAUUCCUCUUCUUGUGUUUUGUUAUAUAUAAUCAGUUUAAAAUUCACAAAAUUGUUUUGUCUGGAGCUCCUAAAUCUUCGUCUUUGGAAUAACCCUUAGGGAGUAAAAACAAAAAACUUGAAAAUGAAACCACGGGUCCUAUUGAAUUUGUGGCCCAUGUUCCUCGCACUCGUCGUUGUUAAAAAAAAAAACUUGAAGAAAAAGUGCGGCUUUUGUUGACAAAUCUGAACAAGAGAGAACCAAUUCUAAUACAGAGCUAAAACAUUCAACAAACGUUCACAAGGAAGCCGCAGCGAACAUAAAAAAUUUUAACCAUUAUGAUGGAAAAAACUUUCCUUCAUGCUUUUAAAUUCUAAUUGUGAAAGCAACAUUACCCUAAGAUGUCUUUACAAACUCAGCAUGUACGUGUAUUUAAUUGAAGCAAGCGAAUUAGGCGUCAAUGUUUUAUUCGGCUGCACUUAUAUGAAUGAUUAAUCUUCAAAACUGGACAAGUGGAAAUGAGGUAAAAACAUAACUACUAUCGACUAAAAGAGCUUAGUUAGCUUCAAAUUAAAUUGUACACCGAGGGCAAAAGUUUUCACCUAAAUAAGAUUUGUUAGGAACAAACCAUUCAAGCGAUUGGUCGAUUGUCGAAAGUGACGCAAAAAAGUGAUACAAAACCGACGCUGUCCUCUAUGGCGUUGGGUUGGAACCCCUAAGUGCAGUGAUUGGCUAAUUUCUCCGUUACUCAGAUGCAAAGUUGUGUUGGCCAUUGGUAACGUUUUCUUUUGUGAUUGUUAUAGUGGUUUUUCCACGUAACUCAGUCGAAUUAACUCGGGGUCCAAAAUACUUGGGACAGUGCUUGAAUGUUACUGAUACCUCAGUUUGUAAGUUUGAUCUAAGUUUUUAUUGGUUAACAGAUCGGAGGCUGGUUAAUGCUGGGUAUCGUUUUGGCGGGAAUCACGGCGCUCGGUGUCACGCACUUCUUGGGGAUGAGAACAAUGCACAGACCAAGGAGAAGAGAACUGUCACGCAUUUUGUGGGUUGAAGCUCGUACAAAGUCUAAACUGGCUAGAUUUGUUUGACAGAAGUAUCUGGAAAAAAAAUAAAGAAAACUUACGCAUGGCCAUCCGGAAAAGAAGCAAAAAUUAUAGAAAAAAACAAGUACUGGUUGUUACCAUUGUAAUUCCCUACAAGUGGAAAAUUUGAGAAAAGAACAUCUUAUUUCAUCGUAAAUGUAGACUGACCGAGUGUUACCUCAUUCAUCUCUUGUUAAACGUGGUCGUCGGCAAGGGAGAAAGAGAGGCUGAAUGGAAUACCUCAACAGGGCUUUCAAUGGGAUAAAAAGAAACUUUUGAAGUAUUUGUAUCAAUGGAUACCCUGUAAUGCAAUCUUCAAGCUGAGAAAAACUUUUUUAUUAGGCUUCUUUUCAGCCGCUACCAAAACUGCAGUUUACCGGAAAAGACCAUGGCUAAAAUUAUUUUAAAACGGAUAAGAGGUGUACAAUGGUAAAUUACAGCUUUCUCUGUUUGUUAACUGAUUGCAUGCACUGACCCUUAUUAACAAAAUA